UAGAGAUGCAUAUAUGGUAAAUUUACAAAACAAAAUCCAACGCUAAUUACCAAGUCUCUUUUUGCUUUUAAAUUAGUAAGGUGCAGCAGAUAUCAUAAUAAUUUCUCUUUCCUUCCUUCGGGUUUAGUUUUCUUUGCAAUUUCUCCAUGUUUUUCAGAAAACCUUUACUACCAACUCCAUGGAAAGGCCACCACAGAGGAAAUAACUUCUCCAAAACCAAUGUAACACAUUAUUAUUACACCCUUUUCUCUGUCAGAUACAUUCUCUUCCUCUUAAUCUUCCUUUCUUCCUGCUUUCUUUUACUUAUUGCUCCCUUUUGCUUUUCCUCUACUUACACUGAACUGCUUUUCCCCAAUACUACAACAAGAAAAUGGCUGCCAAUCACCCCCACUACUUGCCCUGGAAACCUGUCACUCUUUGUGUAUCAGCUGCCACCUGACUUCAACCUGGGUCUCCUCCGCGACUGCACCCACCUCAACGUUUACACGGACAUGUGUCCCCAUGUCGCCAACCACGGCCUUGGUCAACCGAUGUCCUCUGCCGGCUCCUGGUUCGCCACCCACCAGUUUCUUGCUGAGAUGAUCUUCCACGCCCGACUCGAGAACCACCCAUGUCGCACCUGGGAUGCCACCCUUGCCAAUCUCUUCUACGUCCCCUUUUAUGGUGGUCUCUACGCAUCCAGCAAGUUCCGCGAAGCCAAUCUAACCGCACGCGAUGAAUUAGCCGUUAGAUUAGUUGAGUACCUCCAAAUGCAGCCAUGGUGGCAUAGGCAUCUGGGGAAGGACCAUUUUUUAGCCCUGGGGAGAACCGCAUGGGAUUUCAUGAGGAACACCAAUGGUGGGCCGGACUUCGGAGCCAACUGCCUCCUAAAUUUGCCACCUGUCAAAAACAUGUCGGUGCUGACCGUAGAGAGACAGCCAUGGCAAGGAUCAAAUCAAUACGGCGUGCCGUACCCUUCCUAUUUCCACCCAUCCAGUGUCGUUCAGAUGAAUGCGUGGCAGCAGAAGAUGAUUCGAGCAGAGAGGAACCACCUAUUUUCUUUCAUUGGAGGUCCUCGGAAGGGGGUGGAGAAAGCCGCCGUACGAGAUGAGUUAAUAAAGCAAUGCAAUGAGUCAACUCGGUGCAAGCUUCUGAAAUGCGGGAGGAACGGCGACAGUAAAUGCCAUGAACCGUUGGAGGUGAUUAAAGUAUUAAGUCAGUCUCAUUUUUGUUUGCAAGCGCCAGGAGACUCGUUCACCAGACGAUCGACAUUCGACUCAGUGCUGGCGGGUUGCAUACCGGUGUUCUUCUCGAAGCACACGGCGUACACCCAGUACGGCUGGUAUUUUCCAGCGAAUGCGAGUGCAUAUUCGGUUUACAUAGAUGAGAGUGAGAUUGAGAAGAAAAGCAUAGAGGAAGAGCUCUCGAAGAUUUCGAGCGAUAGAGUGGAGAGAAUGCGUAGAAAAAUAAUAGAGGUGAUGCCAACUCUAACUUAUGCCCACCCGAAUUCUAGCAACAUUCGAUUUCGCGACGCGGUUGAUGUUGCACUUACAGCACUAGUUCAGCUUAAGCAUGCACCCUCCAAAUCAUAAGGGAUGUUAUGAAAGUAGUGUUUUCUUCUCUCUUCUACAUUGAUAUAAUUAAGAAUUUAUUUACCCAAAAAAUCAAUAAAAAAGUAUAAUAAUUAUAAAUUUUACUUAA